GAUGAACGUGGACGGAUGAUACGACGUACGAUCAUGAGGUACGUCAUCCUCGGGAUUUCUUAUUCCAUGACGCUCUUCAGCAUCAACGUGAGAAAGCGUUUCAAUACCCUCGAAGACUUCGUGAGCUUUGGUUUAUUGGAAGAGGACGAGAUUCCAAUCAUCAGAAAAAUGGCAGAGAAGACGCAAAAGGUUUAUUGGCUGCCUCUGGUGUGGGCAGGAACCAUGACAGCGACAGCAAGAAAAGAAGGUAGAGUUGAAAACGACCUCGCCAUGAAAACUAUCCUUGACGAAAUUGUCAAACUGCGACUUCUUUGCGCAAAAUGCAGCUCCAUGGUCAUGGUCAAUGUGCCGUUAUCUUAUUCCCAGGUGGUGACGUGGGCGGUUUACGGCUUCUUCGCAGCAUGUCUCAUUGGAAGGCAAUUUGUGGCCGGAGAUUCCGAUAUUUACGUACCGGUGUUUACCAUCCUUCAGUUCCUGGUUUAUAUGGGAUGGCUGAAGGUCGCCGAGGCAUUAAUCAAUCCAUUCGGCGAAGAUGACGACGAUUUUCAGCUCUUAACCCUGAUUGAGCGAGGAUUAGAGAAAGUGAUCGACGAAGAAAAGGCGGAUAAUGUACAGUAUUCCAGCUCAGAUUCAAUUCGAAUUCUCCUCAAAGACAACUUUUCCUGGAGUUUCUCGACAACACCAGCAAAAAAAAAAGUUUUAUUUCGACCUGAAAGAGACCGGAUUUACACAGCAAAAGACCUCCUUCCGACCGGUUUUUUACCGCGGGAAAUUGCUGGGCGGUCUUCCGGAAGUCCGCAGGAAGAAGUUUACCCCACGACGUUAUCGCGGAAAUAUUAUAUCACUUCCGUUAUCAUGGGUGUGAGCGGGGAUUUCAUCAAUGACGACACAAAGGAUUCGAUGGAUGAAGGGGUAUGCGAAUGA